UAUCCAGAAGUAAACAUGGCGGUUGCCAGUGAGCUGCAGUGGGUCCCUGAAACCCUUUACAAUGCCGCUAUUUCUGCCGUUGUUUCUACUUAUUCAAGACACAGAAAAGAGCUGAGACCUUUACCUGAGAAUAUACAGUUCGACAUUUAUUACAAACUGUACAAACAAGGAAGACUAUGUCAACUUGGAAUGGAGUUUUGCGAACUGGACAUCUUUGCAAAGGUCCUACGAGUAAAUGACAAAAGACACUUACUUCACCACUGUUUCCAAGCCUUGAUGGACCAUGGUGUCAAGGUGGCUACUGUCCUUGCAGACUCUUACGCUACACAUGCAUCGAUAGAGGAACAGAACCAGGACAGGAUCAGUCGGACAGUCCAGCUUGGGUUCUCGUUAGGGGGAUUUCUCUCCGAGGCAGGCUGGUUCUGUAAUGCUGAGAAGGUAUAUGAGGCAUGCUUGAGAUUAUGUAAACCAGAGUCAGAUCAGCAGAGGGUGAUACGAGCAUUUGAAUGCACAACAAGGUUAAUACACGUGCGGAAUGCCAAUUGCAAGUACAGCCAGGCUGAGGACUCUUACAACUCUGCCCGUAAGCUCCUGGAGGAUCUCAAGGAGAUGGGUGUGACCGUCAACGAGGCUGCGCUUCACGGCGAGAUGUGCUCGCUCCUCUUCUCCAAGAGCCACUACGACGAGGCGUACAAGUCGUGCCAGGCGUCCCUGCGUUCCAUCUCGGCCCGUCUACCCGUACGAUGUGUUAUAGAUAUUCUGCGCCAGGCGGCCAAGGCGUGCGUGGUCAAGAGAGAGUUCAAGAAGGCGGACUUGCUCAUCAAGCAUGCAGUGUGUCUCGUCAGGGAACAUUUUGGAGUAAGGCAUCCCAAGUAUUCAGAUGUUCUCUUAGACUUUGGCUUCUAUUUGCUCAAUGUAGACUCGAUAUGCCAGUCAACAGCAGUGUAUCAGCAAGCGUUGGACAUCCGGUUAUCAGCGUUUGGAGGUAGGAACCUCCAUGUAGCAGUAGCCCAUGAAGACCUAGCCUAUGCAUCCUAUGUUCAUCAAUACAGCUAUGGCAAGUUUGAUGACGCAAAGGAGCAUGCAGAGAAAGCAAUCAGUAUCAUCACCCAAAUCUUACCUGAAAAUCAUCUCCUGCUGGCGUCCUCUAGGAGGGUAAAAGCGCUUAUUCUAGAGGAGAUAGCGAUCGAUUCCCAUGAUAAGGAUAUCGAGACCAAACUACUCCAAGAGGCCCACGACCUCCACCAAUCGUCACUCAAUCUUGCCAAGCAGGCCUUCGGAGAGUUCAAUGUUCAGACCGCUAAGCAUUAUGGGAAUCUUGGAAGGCUUUACCAAUCAAUGAGGAAAUUUAAGAUGGCUGAGGAGAUGCAUGUGAGGGCGAUAGAAAUCAAGGAGAAACUCCUGGGUGAAGAAGACUACGAGGUAGCGCUGUCUGUGGGUCACCUAGCCUCUCUCUAUAACUACGACAUGAAGCUUUAUCACCAGGCUGAGAAACUCUAUCUCCGAUCCAUUGAAAUAGGCAAGAAGCUGUUUGGCUCGGGCUACAGUGGCCUAGAGUACGACUACAGGGGACUGAUCAGCCUGUACUACAACACCUCCAACCAUGCUCGCAUGUUUGAGUUCCAGGACAUCCUCAACCAUUGGAACAACAUCCGCGACGGGAACAGCAGUCCUGUGGACAUCCUGGAAUACCUUGCAAACUGCAGGACGGAACUCACUACGAAGGAGAUCAUUGAUAAGUUCUUCAAGAUUGAUUAACACCCUGCUCUUGGACACCUGACCAGCUGCAGGACGGAACUCACUACGAAGGAGAUCAUUGAUAAGUUCUUCAAGAUUGAUUCACCCCCUGACCAGCUGCAGGACAGAACUCACUACGAAGGAGAUCAUUGAUAAGUUCUUCAAGAUUGAUUACCCCCCCUGUCCUUGAACACCUGACCAGCUGCAGGACGGAACUCACCACGAAAGAGAUCAUUGAUAAGUUCUUCAAGAUUGAUUACCCCCCUGUCCUUGAACACCUGACCAGCUGCAGGACGGAACUCACUACGAAGGAGAUCAUUGAUAAGUUCUUCAAGAUUGAU